AUGCCCACUGCACAUCAGCCUUCUGUUGAUUGUGCAGCCUCCAACCCCAAUCCAAGUUCCUCCACUGCACACUCAGAUGCCAAUGCAUUGCCAGCUGUGGUUCUGCCACACUCCCAGAUGGCACUGUCAACUCCGCUGACUCUGGACCUAACUUUGCCGACUUUGGCAUUAGUUCCACCGACUCCGGCGACCCUGAAGAACUGUCAUCAUCGCCAAGGUCGUAAAAAACGUCAAUCUGAGCAACAUUCAUCUUCACCUUCCCUUUCCGUCGCUCCAAAUCCCUCUUCCAUCUCUUCCACCUCUUCCCCCCUUCAUUCUGGUUACAAUAAAUCAUGUUUUAAUCUUGCUCAACAUAUCCCCUUCCCUAUCCUCACAUAUGCUGCUGUGGCUGGCAAAAAAGCACAGCUGUGUAUUUCAUUUCCCAUCUUGGCCACCCCUGAUGCACGACCUCAAGGAUGGCCAACCAAGACUCGACUGGGUUCAACUAAGGACCCACCUUCCUAA